AUGGCGGACAUACAGCAGCCCAACAUCCUCGUCCAGGCCGUGACAUUUGUCAAGGACGUCGCCUACAGACGCCAUGCGUUGUCGGCAGCAGUUCCAUUCGGUCUUUGGGCCAUUGACGCUGUGCUCUGCGCCUUGAUCAUCUGGAAGGUGCCUUACACCGAAAUCGACUGGAAGGCAUACAUGGAGCAGAUUGAGCAAUACGUCUCCGGCGAACGGGACUAUACGGUCAUCAAAGGUGGCACCGGCCCUCUGGUAUAUCCAGCAUCGCAUGUGUAUACAUAUACUGCCCUCUACCAUCUCACGGACAAAGGAAAGGAUAUCUUUCGGGCACAACAGAUCUUCGCUGUUCUAUACAUGAUCACGCUGGCAGUUGUCAUGUUAUGCUACUGGCGCGCAAAGGUUCCUCCCUACGUCUUCCCCCUUCUGAUCGCGUCCAAGAGACUCCACAGUAUCUUUGUGUUGCGCUGCUUCAAUGACUGUUUCGCAACCCUGUUUCUCUGGAUAGCAAUCUACUGCUUCCAGCAGAAAGCCUGGACCUUCGGCGCACUCGCUUAUUCAUGGGGACUGGGCACCAAAAUGUCUCUGCUCCUAGUCCUGCCUGCAGUUGCUGUCGUCCUCUUUCAAGGCAGAGGUGUCUCUGGCAGUAUCCGCUUGGCAAUCAUCAUGCUGCAGCAGCAGGUCGCCACUGCCAUGCCGUUUCUCACGGCUAAUCCCACCGGCUAUCUAUCACGGGCUUUUGAACUAUCACGACAAUUCUUCUUCAAAUGGACAGUCAAUUGGCGAUUUGUUGGCGAGGACAUCUUCCUAAGUCGCCCGUUUGCAGCAACCCUGCUUGUCCUUCAUAUCCUUGUUCUCGGAGUCUUCCUGCUCAGGAAAUGGCUGAAGCCUGCACUAUCUCGAAAAUCACUGCCAGAGCUGAUCGUGCCAAUACUCACGCACUUCGGUUCGCCCUUUGGCCCCAGAGACGAGGCCCUAGUCGCGACAGCUAUCACACCCCAAUACAUCAUGACCACAGUCCUCUCUGCCAAUGUGAUCGGCUUGUUAUUUGCCCGAUCACUCCAUUACCAAUUCUAUGCCUAUCUGGCCUGGUCCACGCCGUAUCUCCUAUGGCGAAGCGGAACUCAUCCAAUCGUUCAAUAUGGGCUCUGGGCUCUACAAGAAUGGGCAUGGAACGUUUUCCCCAGUACACCAGAAAGUUCUGCUGUCGUGAUUGGCGUCCUGGCCGCUACUGUUACAGCAUCGUGGCUUGCAGCUAGUAGGGAGCCCGUUCCUGCCGCUCCAGCCCAAGUUUCGUCAACCAAGAAAACAACAUGA